GCGCCGGCGGGAGGCGGCGCCGCCGCAGCGCUCAGGGAGCUCGGCCCCGCCGCCUCACCGCGCUCCGCCGCCGCGCUCCCCGGCCCUCCGGCCCCUCACCGGCUCUCCAUGUACGACAACUUGUACCUGCAUGGGUUUGAAGACUCGGAGGCGGGCUCAGCAGAUUCGUACACGAGCAGACCCUCAGACUCUGAUGUCUCUUUGGAAGAGGACAGGGAAGCAAUCCGCCAGGAAAGGGAGCAGCAAGCAGCCAUCCAGCUUGAGAGGGCCAAGUCCAAACCAGUAGCAUUUGCUGUCAAGACCAACGUGAGUUACUGUGGGGCUCUGGAUGAAGAUGUUCCUGUCCCAAGCACUGCCAUCUCCUUUGAUGCCAAGGACUUCCUCCACAUUAAAGAGAAAUACAACAACGACUGGUGGAUAGGGAGGCUGGUGAAGGAGGGCUGCGAGAUCGGCUUCAUCCCCAGCCCGCUGCGCCUGGAGAACAUCCGCAUCCAGCAGGAGCAGAAGAGGGGCCGCUUCCACGGAGGGAAAUCCAGUGGGAAUUCUUCCUCAAGCCUUGGAGAGAUGGUUUCUGGCACAUUUCGAGCCACACCUACAGCCACAGCAAAACAGAAACAAAAAGUGACAGAACAUAUUCCCCCCUAUGAUGUAGUGCCAUCAAUGAGACCUGUGGUGUUGGUGGGCCCCUCACUCAAAGGCUAUGAGGUGACAGACAUGAUGCAGAAAGCUCUCUUUGACUUCCUGAAGCACAGGUUUGAUGGGAGGAUAUCCAUAACCAGAGUGACAGCUGACAUCUCCCUGGCCAAGAGGUCUGUGCUCAAUAACCCCAGCAAGAGGGCGAUCAUCGAGCGCUCCAACACCAGGUCCAGCCUAGCUGAAGUGCAGAGUGAAAUUGAAAGAAUCUUCGAGCUGGCCAGGUCCUUACAGCUGGUUGUCCUGGAUGCAGACACUAUAAAUCACCCUGCACAGCUUAUCAAGACAUCUCUAGCACCAAUUAUUGUCCAUGUGAAGGUGUCCUCUCCAAAGGUUUUACAGCGACUGAUCAAGUCCAGAGGGAAGUCACAAAGCAAACACUUGAAUGUGCAGUUGGUGGCAGCUGAUAAACUUGCACAAUGCCCACCAGACAUGUUUGACGUGAUCCUGGACGAGAACCAGCUGGAGGACGCCUGCGAGCACCUGGCCGAGUACCUGGAGGCGUACUGGAGAGCCACGCACACGUCCAGCGCCGCGCCCAUGACCCCUCUGCUGGGCAGGAACCUGGCAUCCAGCGCCCUGUCCCCGUACCCCGCUGCCAUCUCCGGCCUGCAGAGCCAGCGCGGGAGGCACGGCGCCCACUCGGCGGAGAACUCUCCCAUCGAGCGCCGCAGCCUGGUGACCUCCGACGAGAAUUACCACAACGAGAGGGCUCGGAAGAGCAGGAACCGCUUGUCUUCCAGUUCCCAGCACAGCCGAGACCACUAUCCCCUGGUGGAAGAGGAAUACUCUGACCCCUACCAGGACUUGUACAAACCCCACCGGCACCGCGGCUCCCCCGGCGGGUACAGCCACGACUCGCGGCACCGGCUCUGAGUCCGGGGACUGGGGAAAAUAACCAGGAUCCAUCCGUUGGUACCUUGCCAUAACGUAGCUAGAAAUAACAAUUAGAUCACGUUCAUUUGGCAGGUGUGACGGUGACACUGCGGUUGCACUCUGCUGUCAUUGAUGUUUAAUUAGGGGGCAGCAAAACCCAACCCGGCCCUUCCGUUUCUGCCCGAUCAUAGAGGUUGUUUUUGGGAUUAUUUUUGGGUUUAAUACAGCAUUUGCAUUUAUAGCCAUAUUUUUUUCUUGUCCUUAGGUAUUAGACACAUCCGUUUGUAAUUUUGGGUACUUAUCGAGGCACUUAUAAAAUAAUUUCCUGUGCUGGAAAUUCCAAAUGACCAGUUCCAGUUGGAACCAAUUUAUAAACCAAUUCCUGUUGGAAUUUGGGUGAAUUGACUGGAAAGUCGACGUGAGCAUGUUGGGAAAAAAACAAACAAACCAAGUACAAAGAAAAAUCUGCAAAUUACAAACCACUGAGAGUCAGAAAGUCAGCUCCAGUAUUUGUUUGCUGGGAGCUCAAUUUCCAUUUCAGGUUAGAAUGAAAGGAUUUAUUCUAACGAUUUCUUUCCAGAAUGGCUUUUGCAGACAAACCAAAUGUCAACUCUCAAGAGUGCCAAAUAUCCCAAACUAUUGCAGCAGUUACAAAACACUUUCCAGUUUGAAAUUGUUUUUAGGCCUGGCAUGAAUGUUGCAGCCAAAUGAUUCUUGAGUUCAGCCAGUCCUGAGAGUUUUGUGGGGACCAGCGGGGAGGAAAUAUGACAGGAGAUGGGAAAUAGGGACAGGAAAAGGAACAAACUCCAUGGUUUGUUUGCUUGGAAGUUGGGAAUAGUCUUUUUUUUCCCCACUCUUUUACCUGAACACAGCUAGAAUUCCCAAAAUGGAACAGGAAUAUCGAGACAUCUGAUUUUUCUCCCAUUUUUUAUCCUGCUUUUUAAAUGGAAAGCAAUCCCCCCAUCUCUGAGCCCAUGUGUAGAGUACCUACAUCCCAGUACCCCGAGUGGCUGCCCACGCGUUCCAUCUUCCCAAAUCCACCUCUGAAUGUCUGACGAUUCCAGCGGCGCACAAGAACUCUCCACAAGAUCCAUUCCAGCCAUGAAAUCCAAGGGGAAGGGAGUGGGCUUAAACAAUCAUCGGUGACCAACAUUUCAACAACAUCUCAGUCAGAAUUGCAAUAAAAAGGGAAUAUCAGACAAAAAUCUGCUCCCAGGGAGGUCGUAGAGCUGAUUCCAAGCUUUGGAUUCCAGGAGCUCUGAUAAAUCCUUGGAGAUAUUGCUGCCUUACUUCCCACCAACCAUUUCUUUCACCUACUGAGUCCUGAGUUCCUUCCAAGAGAUGAAUUCCUGUGGUUGCACCUUGUGUUUUACACCAUCAGUGAAGCCUUAGAUCCCAUGGGAUUGAAAAUUGACCCCCAUUGCCCGUUCUGUACAACCACUGACAUCUUCCAGCAGAGCCUCCCGAAAUUUCCCACCUCACACAUUCCCUGGAUUUGACACAAUCGUGCUGAACGUGAAUUUCUUUGUGCAGCUUCGUGUCCCAACUUCUUUUUUUUUUUUAUUCCCCAAAAUAAGGAUCAUUAACUUUUUUAUUUGCUUGUUUUCCUCCCAAAGCCUGCUGAGCCCAGGCUUUGAAAACAUGUAGCACUAAAGGAAUUUCUGGAAUAUUCCGGUUUCUUCCUGGACCAGCUGGCAAAGACCAGUGGUGUUUCCAGCAUCCAGGAGUCUGAUUAUCCUCUUGGAAGUUACUGGGAAAAGCAAUCCAUGUCCUUUGUGGGACACCCAAACCCCCAGCAGCAUUCAAAGGUGCCAGACACCUGAUUAAUUAAUCACUUUAAUGACCCCACUGCCUAACAGGCAGCUCCAGCACCACUGGGUGAUCCCAAUGGGCCAGUUACCAAGGGAAAUAAUGGGAAUCCACUGGAUUCCCAGAGUUGUGGGUGGAUCCUGACCCUGCACCAUUAAUCUGGCUGCAGUGGAGCAUCCUCCAGGAAGUUUUCCAGCCCUUUUUCCAUGUCCAGCACAUGGACCUGCCUGAGAAAGGAGCCCUUGGGUCACCCCUUCUUCUCUCCUGUUGAAGUCCUGAUUGCAGGGGAGCUGCAGAACCCUGGGCAGCAGCUGCUUCUCUUUGUUCUGCACUAGAUUAGGGAUCAGCUCAUUAACUGCUUGAGGAGAUUUGCAUAUUUGCAUAUUUGCAGUGGCUGCAAAGCACCAGGUCCAUUUCCUAGAGCCUUUCAGAGCCUUGUUUGAAGUCUUCCAUGUCACCCCAGGCACCACAUCUGCACGAUCCAUCACCUGAACAUCUCUGGUUUGACAAAAACAAACUUGUGAGGGAAGCCAGGGCUGGGCCUGAGGUCCUUUAUUCCAUGGGGUGGAGCUGCCCUGACUGCUGAGCUUCUCCCAGACCCCAUUCCCUUGUAAUAAAAGGAGCCAGGGCCCUGCAGGUCUCCCUCCUUGCUGGGGGUGUUUAAUUCUUUGAAAAGAGAUAUUUUUUAAGUAUAAAUACACCAACUGUGCUGGGAGAAUCUUCAUUUAUUGCAGAUACUGUGGGCAGUCUUUGUUUGAAAAAGGGAUUUCUGUUCAGGACACGGAAAGGAGUGAAAGCUGUGCUGAGGAUCAGGAUUGGGAAUUCCCAGUGGGAUCUGAUGGGGUUUAGUUGAAAUUGUGGAGUUCAUGUGUUCCUGACUGAAGCAAUCCAGCCUCAUUCUCCAGUCCUCACAUCAUUUCUUGUUAUUAAAAGAAUACUAAAGACCAGAGCUCUGUUCUGAGCUCUGGCAGAGACAGAGGGUUUAGAAAUGUUUAUAAAACAGGGAUUUUUUUAAAGUUCUCUUGUUAUCCGAGUUUCUCAUUCAGACACUUGGGGAUUAACAAGGAUUUAACCAAUAAAGGUGAUAACAAGAAUCUCUAAAGAGAAAAUUCAGCACAUUCUUAUCUUUGGGAAUCAAUUAUUUUAAUUGUUAACCUUUGAAUUUCAAAUGCUUUCUCCCUGGAGUUGUAUUUAACAUGUUCAGAUUCUUUUCCUGAUGCCAAACAUUUCUCCCAUGGGAUGUGCAACUCACAGCUGCUGAUAUUUGUAACUUCAGUUUGAUGCCAAAUCUUUUGAAUUCAGCUUGGUCUCAACACCACAGAAUUCCCUGGAGCAUCCAGACUCUCCUGUGUUUACUGACUUCACCAUUCUAAAAUAAUUUUGUCAUUCCUGUUGUUCACAGCACACUGAUUUGGGUAAGUCAGGGGUUCUGGCACUGCUUUUUUCUCUAAUAAUCCAUUAAAUGUGUCCUCUGCUGUAUUUUCUUUCACAAGUUCAGUACUUCUGAAACUUGUCCUUCAUCCCACAUUCCUGAUUUUUAAUUUUUUUUUAAGGCAAAAUAAUUGGAGGCUACACAUGACAAAAUCAGAUGCAUAUUUUACAAAAUGCCAUUUGUACAAACCUGGGUUUGCUCCUAAAAAUGUGAAUUUUAAAAUCAAGUUCUGUUACACCUGUUGGUGCCAGCCCAGGUUUGGAUCCAUGGUGCCAUGUAUUUUGUUGGAGUUAUUAUUAGUUAUUACUAGUUAUUAUUAGUUAAUAUUAGCCCUACAAAGGCUGCAGGAUCCUGUAAUGCAGCCAAGCUUAACUCUGGGGAAAUGGAGUUAAAAUGAUCCUAAAAGAGAGUGUGGUGUCAUUUUAAGAGUCACUUGAAUAGCCUUGGUGAGUUUGUUGCCAAGCCCAGUUUAUUUUAUAUAGAAAAGCAAGGGUGUAUCUUUAAAAAGAAAAGGAAAUUUUAAUAAAGUUGUAAAAUAUAUGUAAGGAAUUAACUCAGAGGUGAAAAUGCUACUUAGGAGUGAAAUUUCAGAUUUCUUUCAUUGUGUGUGGAAUCCAAUCCACUCAAGAAGUCAGGAGAAAUAUUGUGAUUAAAUCCAUCCAGAGAAUUUGGGGAGGAGGUGGGAAUAAUUUCAAAUGUUAAUGAGUGUCACUCCUUUAUUCCUUUGAAACUGGGAGCAGCCUUGGCUGGGUCUGAGGAGGAUUUAUGGACCUGCCUCGGGAAUUUGGGAAACCAAAUUCCUUGGCAAUGACACCCAGCUCCUGUCUUGUCCAAGAGCAAGGUCUGCCCAGGAAUGGCACCUCCUGAUCAUCCCCUGCCUUAUCAAUAUUGCCUGAAAACCAAACUGCAAUUAACUGUAAUUAACUGUGACGUCCCCAGUUAAAUCUGCUCUGCAGCAGAGAAUCCACAGAGCUCAACAUUCUCUCUUUUGCCAACGGCGUGAAAACAGAGCAAGGGAAAAGAAGCACAUUUGUUAUAGCACAAAUUUACAAUAAUUCCACUCCUGCAUCUGGCAUCGUGUUCUUGGAACCAGGGGGGAGAUUUCUGAUCCAGCAUCAGUGGAUUUAUUGCAUUUUUGAUCUGUUUACUCGCUGCCUGAUACUUCAGCAGUUGAUUUUGGCAUUUUGCACAUGGGAUUGAUUUUUCAAUAACUCGUAUCCCUUCCAUAUUAAUUAAUUAAUGGCAACAAAAAGAACCUUUUCAAAUCACAAAGCCCACUGCAUUCAUUUCUGCUGAUUUCCUCCUGGAAGCUGAAAUCACAUUAGUAAUUUUAAUUUUGGCCAAUGUGUAGAUCUGGGAUGUGACUGGUGAAUCCACCAGCAGCCCAAGGUCGGGAAUGAAACGCUCCCAGUAAAUGUUUGUGGGGUUGGAGAGGGGGGAGGGAAGAGUCACAGCACCCCAAAUUCCCAAGGAGGGAAGCUGAGGAUGAGGAAUGUGUUUGGGAUCGGGACACAGCUGAUGGAUUCCCUCCUGGUGCAGCCAGGGAGAAAACUGGGAUCAGCAAUUCCAACUGCAAACUCCAGACCUUGGGCUUCUCAGAUCCCGGGAAAUCUCUGUUUCUCAGCCCAGCUGGUUCCCAGGGAGAGCCUGGCAGCGCUGCCUCGCUGGGAGCCAGCUCAGAGCCGCACUGGUGAAGACAUUUCUGCCUUUACUGGGACAGAGCCACCCCAAAUUUGUGUUUUCUGCUGAUUUUCCCUUUGUUUUGCCCUCUAGACCCUGUGUGUGUAGCACCCGACCAGGCAUGUGGGUACCAUAUACUAUGCAAUGUGUACAGUGGUGCAUGCUCUGCUCUCCCUCUGCUUUUAGUGGCUUUCAAAGAAAACUACAAAAAUUUAAAAAAAGAAAAUAAAUUUUAAAAAAAAUAAUGAUAAUUAAAAAGUGGUGUUAUUUUUGUGACCAGGAUCAUGCAGACUGCAUGCCCAUAGUAUCCUCAUUUCUAUGGAUUCGUUUUCUGGAAUUUAGAUGUACAAAGAUGAACUGCAUUACAAUAACUUUUCUACAAUAAAUGAACAAAACUACCAAGAGUUUAAAAGUCUGUCCAGUCUCUUUGUGUCCUGCACUAAGAUUGGGAAAAUGCUCAGGAGAGUCGGGAGAAACCUGGAGUCUUUUGGCAUUUUUGUUGUUUGCCAAUAUUUUUUGGCAGCAGCCUCACGUGUUACAUUUUUAGGAAAAUUUAAUGAGGUUCUGAAGAAGGAGAUGCAUCUGCUCUGUGAAAUAAAUGAUGUUUAUUUUUGUAACGAUCUGCUCUUAAAUAGCUGCGACCCAGAAGUACAAAAAUACAGAUAAUUCCUGCUGAUCCAGCAGGGAAUGAGGGACUUGCAGCCAACUGCUCCUUUGAAGGAUUCUCGGGAAUUCAGGGCUUUGGAGCUGGUCCUUGGUGGGAUCAAGGCAGGAACAAGGGGCAGAAUGAUGGGAGGGACGAAGGAUCAGAUAAUUAAAAGAUAAUUAAUAGUUUAUCACAGAAUGGUGAAGGUUGGAAAAGAAUUCCAUGAGUGAUCCCCACCUUGUCACCAGCCCAGAGUGCCACCUCCAGCCACUGAUGGUAUCUUGGAGAACUGGAAGCACUGGGAGAUGCUGCCUCUGGCAGAGAGUUCCAGCCUCCUCUUCCCAAAAAUGAGAAACAGGAACCAGCAGCCUCCCAGAGAUGCUGUGAGCACCCAAACCCUGCCUUGGAGGGACAUGAGCAGCUGCACGGUGCAUUUACACCCCUCUGACAGAUCUUAAAAGCUCUUAAAAUUCUGUUUAACGGGGUUUUCUUGGCUGUGUGUUCAAAAUCAGAUCUCAACACGUGAGCUUUCAUCUAAACUGUUAAUGAAAAGCAGAAG